AUGGCUGCACCCCUUAUUGCACCCCCUGGACCUGACAGCUUCAAGAAGUUCACCCCCGAGUCGCUUGCCAACAUCGAGAAGCGUGUCAAAGAGGAGAAGAACAAGAAGCCCCCCAAACCCAGAUCGGACAGUAGUCACCGCGAUGUCGAUGACGAGAAUGUACCCAAGCCCAACAGCGACCUGGAGGCAGGGAAGAGCCUGCCCUUCAUCUAUGGUGAUGUUCCUGAUGGAAUGGCGGCGACACCACUGGAGGACUUGGAUCCAUACUAUGUGAAUCAGAAAACAUUUAUAGUUAUUAACAAAGGGAAAACAAUCUUCCGCUUCAGUGCCACACCCUCCUUGUACAUCAUAAGCCCUUUUAGUCUAUUUAGGCGAAUAGCUAUUAAGAUUUUGAUACAUUCUCUAUUCAGCAUGAUCAUCAUGUGUACGAUUUUGACCAACUGUAUAUUCAUGACUUUUAGUGAUCCUCCAGAAUGGUCCAAACAAGUGGAGUAUACUUUCACGGGUAUCUAUACCUUCGAGUCGCUCACAAAAAUUGUGGCCCGAGGCUUCUGUAUAGACGGCUUCACCUUCCUCAGAGACCCGUGGAACUGGCUGGACUUCAUGGUCAUCUCCAUGGCAUAUAUAACAGAGUUUGUGGACCUUGGGAAUGUCUCGGCGCUGAGAACGUUCAGGGUUCUCCGAGCACUGAAAACUAUUUCUGUCAUUCCAGGCUUGAAGACCAUUGUGGGUGCUCUGAUCCAGUCUGUGAAGAAGCUGUCGGAUGUGAUGAUCCUGACCGUCUUCUGUCUCAGCGUGUUUGCGCUGAUCGGACUGCAGCUCUUCAUGGGCAACCUGCGACACAAGUGCGUCAUCUGGCCCAUCAACAUGACCGAGCUGUACCCGCCUAACGGUAGCAGAAUCUUCGACUGGGAUCAGUACAUCAUGAACGACACCAAUUUCUACUUUAUCCCUGGUCAGCUUGAUGCUCUGCUAUGUGGAAACAGCUCUGACUCUGGGCGGUGUCCCGAGGGUUUUACAUGUAUGAAAGCAGGAAGGAACCCCAACUACGGUUAUACCAGCUUUGACAGCUUUGGCUGGGCCUUCCUCACCCUCUUCCGCCUCAUGACCCAAGACUUCUGGGAGAAUCUCUACAUGCUGACUCUGCGAGCUGCAGGGAAGACCUACAUGAUUUUCUUCGUGUUGGUGAUCUUCGUGGGCUCCUUCUACCUGGUGAAUCUCAUUCUGGCUGUGGUGGCCAUGGCUUAUGAGGAGCAGAACCAGGCCACCAUUGAGGAGGCUGAGCAGAAAGAGGCGGAGUUUAAAGCUAUGCUGGAGCAGCUAAAGAAGCAGCAGGAGGAGACUCAGGCCGCUGCUUUGGCAACAUCUGCAGGCACCGUGUCAGAGGCUGCAUUGGAGGACGAGGGUGGGGGCCACUUGUCUCGGAGCUCCUCGGAGGCUUCCAAGCUAAGCUCCAAGAGUGCCAAGGAGCGGCGCAACCGCAAGAAGAAGUGGCGUCAGAAAGAGCAGGAGAAAGAAAAAGGUGACAGUGAGAAGGUCGUCAAGUCGGAGUCGGAUGAUGGCAGCAAAAGAAGCACCAUCCGUUUCCCAGGCAGCCGGCUAGGGAGAAAGACAUCCAUCAUGAACCAGUCUCUUCUUAGCAUCCCAGGCUCGCCCUUCAUGUCGCGACACAACAGCCGCAGCAGCAUCUUCAGCUUCAAGGGCCGCUCCAAGGACGUGGGCUCAGAAAACGAGUUUGCUGAUGAUGAGCAUAGCACGGUGGAGGAGAGCGAGGACCGCCGGGGCUCCCUAUUCAUCCCCUACCGUCGCAACAGCUACAGCGGCUAUAGCCAGGGCUCCUCUCGCAUCCAUCCGCUGGCGCCCCAUUCAGGCGGGAAGAGAAACAGCACGGUGGACUGCAAUGGCGUCGUGUCGCUCAUCGGCCCAGGGCCCGGCGGACGGCUUCUGCCUGAGACCACAGAGGUGGAGGUGAAGAAGAAGCACUCAGGAUCGCUCAUGGUGUCUGUUGACCAGCUCAACUCUUCCUUCAGAGGGAAGGACCACGCCAACAGUCAGAUGAGUGUCGUCACCAACACACUCAUGGAAGAGCUGGAGGAGUCUCAGAGGAAGUGUCCGCCUUGCUGGUACAAGUUUGCCAACACCUUCCUGAUCUGGGAGUGCUUUCCCAUGUGGCUGAAGAUCAAACACAUAGUCUACCUGAUUGUCAUGGACCCCUUUGUAGACUUGGCCAUCACCAUCUGUAUCGUACUCAAUACCCUCUUCAUGGCCAUGGAGCAUUACCCCAUGACCCCAAAGUUUGAGGAGGUGCUAGCUGUGGGAAAUCUGGUCUUCACGGGCAUCUUCGCUGGCGAGAUGUUUGCCAAACUGAUUGCCAUGGAUCCUUACUACUACUUCCAGGAGUUCCAGGAGGGCUGGAACUGCUUUGAUGGGUUCAUUGUGACCCUGAGUUUAGUUGAGCUGGGCCUGGCGGAUGUGGAAGGCCUGUCUGUGCUCAGGUCAUUCCGACUGCUGAGAGUGUUCAAGCUGGCUAAGUCCUGGCCCACCCUAAACAUGUUGAUCAAGAUCAUCGGUAACUCAGUGGGAGCUCUGGGUAAUCUGACCCUGGUGCUGGCCAUCAUUGUCUUCAUCUUCGCCGUGGUGGGCAUGCAGCUGUUUGGCAAGAGCUACAAGGACUGCGUGUGCAAGAUCAACCGGGACUGUGAGCUGCCCCGCUGGCACAUGAACGACUUCUUCCACUCCUUCUUGAUCGUGUUUCGAGUGCUGUGCGGAGAGUGGAUUGAAACCAUGUGGGACUGCAUGGAAGUGGCAGGGCAGUCGAUGUGCCUCAUUGUCUUCAUGAUGGUCAUGGUCAUUGGAAACCUGGUGGUGCUGAACCUGUUCUUGGCCUUACUGCUGAGCUCGUUCAGUGCAGAUAACCUUGCGGCCACUGAUGAUGACGGCGAGCCCAACAAUCUCCAGCUUGCAGUUGCUCGCAUAAAGACAGGCAUCGCCUGGUUCAAGAUUCACAUGCGGGUCUUUGUUGCCACAGUGCUGAAGAAGCAGCCUAUAGAGGAUGAGCAGAAGCCACUGGAUGACAUGUACGACAAGAAGCUUAACUGUAUCGCCAACCACACUGGCGUGGACAUCAACCGGGAACUGGACUACGCCAAAAAUGGCAACGGCACCACCAGUGGUAUUGGAAGCAGUGUGGGGAAGUACAUGAUUGACGAGGACUACAUGUCCUUCAUCCACAAUCCCAACCUUACCGUCUGUGUGCCCAUUGCUGUUGGGGAGUCGGACUUUGAGAACCUCAACACUGAGGACUUCAGCAGUGAGUCCGAUGUGGAGAACAGUAAAGAUCUGGAUGACACCAGCUCGUCUGAGGGCAGCACUAUAGACAUAAAGCCUGAUGUGGAGGAGGUGGCAGUGGUAGAGGUAGUCGAGGAGUACCUAGACCCAGAUGCCUGCUGGACUGAUGAGUGUGUGGCUAAAUAUAAGUGCUGUGAUGUGCCCAUCACUCAUGGCUGGGGGAAGCACUGGUGGUUUCUGAGGAAGACCUGCUACCUGAUUGUAGAACACAACUGGUUUGAGACCCUUAUCAUUUUUAUGAUCCUGCUGAGCAGUGGUGCACUGGCUUUCGAGGAUGUGUACAUUGAGCAGCGGAAAACCAUUCGGAUCAUUUUGGAGUACGCUGACCGGGUCUUCACCUAUAUCUUCAUCCUUGAGAUGUUGCUGAAGUGGGUGGCCUAUGGCUUCGUCAAGUACUUCACAAAUGCCUGGUGUUGGCUUGACUUCUUCAUUGUGGAUGUGUCUAUAGUCAGCCUUAUAGCUAAUGCGUUGGGCUACUCCGAUCUAGGCCCCAUUAAAUCACUCAGGACACUGAGGGCCUUGCGACCCCUUAGGGCCCUCUCUCGUUUUGAGGGGAUGAGGGUCGUGGUGAACGCCUUGGUGGGAGCAAUCCCCUCCAUCAUGAAUGUGCUGCUGGUGUGUCUCAUCUUCUGGCUCAUCUUCAGCAUUAUGGGAGUCAACCUGUUUGCCGGGAAGUACUACUACUGCUUUAAUGAGACAUCUGAGGAGUACUUCUUGCCCGACGUGGUCAACAACAAAUCAGAAUGCGAAGCGCUCAUGAGGCUGAACUUAACUGAAGUUCGAUGGAAGAACGUCAAGAUAAACUUUGACAAUGUGGGUGCUGGAUACCUCGCACUGCUUCAAGUGGCCACAUUUAAGGGCUGGAUGGACAUCAUGUAUGCUGCCAUAGAUUCUAGAAGGGUGGGGGACCAGCCCGUCUACGAGGACAACAUCUACAUGUACAUCUACUUUGUCAUCUUCAUCAUCUUUGGCUCCUUCUUCACACUCAACCUCUUCAUUGGUGUCAUCAUCGACAACUUCAACCAGCAAAAGAAAAAGUUUGGAGGCCAGGAUAUAUUCAUGACAGAGGAGCAGAAGAAAUACUACAAUGCCAUGAAGAAACUAGGGUCAAAGAAACCACAGAAACCCAUACCAAGGCCAUUGAACAAUAUCCAGGGCAUGGUGUUCGACUUUGUGACGCAGCAAGUCUUCGACAUCUCCAUCAUGAUCCUAAUCUGUCUCAACAUGGUCACCAUGAUGGUGGAGACGGACGACCAGUCAGAUCAGACGGAGAACAUCCUGUACUGGGUCAACUUUGUGUUCAUUGUGGCCUUCACGACAGAGUUUGUACUGAAGCUUUUUGCUUUGCGUCACUAUUACUUCACCAUAGGCUGGAACAUCUUUGAUGUGGUUGUGGUCAUCCUUUCCAUCGUGGGAAUGUUUCUGGCGGACCUGAUUGAGAAAUACUUUGUGUCACCGACCCUCUUUAGAGUGAUCCGUCUGGCCCGUAUCGGCAGAAUCCUUCGACUCAUCAAGGGAGCGAAAGGCAUUAGGACUCUAUUGUUUGCCCUGAUGAUGUCACUUCCUGCCCUGUUCAACAUCGGCCUGUUGCUCUUCCUGGUCAUGUUCAUUUUCUCCAUCUUUGGCAUGUCUAACUUCGGCUACGUAAAACACGGUGCUGGAAUUGAUGACAUGUACAACUUUGAGACCUUUGGCAAUAGCAUGAUCUGCCUGUUUAUGAUCACCACGUCAGCUGGUUGGGACGGCUUGCUGUUGCCCAUCCUCAACUACCCUCCAGACUGUGACCCUCUCCUGGAAAACGCCGGCACCCCAGCCACAGGAGACUGUGGCAACCCCUCUGUGGGCAUCUUCUUCUUCGUCAUGUACAUCAUCAUCUCUUUCCUCAUUGUUGUCAACAUGUACAUCGCCAUCAUCCUGGAGAACUUUAGCGUGGCUACAGAGGAGAGCGCCGACCCACUCAGCGAGGAUGACUUUGAGACUUUCUAUGAGAUUUGGGAGAAAUUUGAUCCUGACGCCUCCCAGUUCAUCACCUAUGCCAAGCUUUCGGACUUUGCCGAUGCACUAGAGCACCCGCUCCGUGUACCUAAGCCCAACACAAUCGAACUUAUUGCCAUGGACAUGCCCAUGGUGAGUGGCGAUCGGAUCCACUGCCUGGACAUCCUCUUUGCCUUCACCAAGCGCGUGCUGGGUGACAGUGGCGAGCUGGACAUGCUGAGGCAGCAAAUGGAGGAGCGUUUUGUGGCGGCCAAUCCUUCCAAGGUCUCUUACGAGCCCAUCACCACCACGCUGAGGCGCAAGCAGGAGGACGUCUCAGCCAAAAUCAUCCAGAGGGCCUACCGUUCCUAUCUGGCCAGGCGAGGCUUUGUCUGCAAACGCAAACCGGUCAAUAAUAAAGUUGAGAAUGGUGGGACCAAUCAGGAGCAGGAAAAGAAGGAGGGGACCCCCUCCACUGCCUCCCUCCCCUCUUAUGACAGUGUAACCAAACCUGACAAGGAGAAUCAGGACGACAACAACGAGGGCAAGGGAGGGAGGAAAGAGAAGGGAAGAAACCAAAAAGACAUCAGGGAAUCUAAAUGUUAG